CUCUUAUUCUCUAUUGUUGCAUCUACUCUUAUGAAAAAAAAAGUUCAAAUUAUUAAUCCAACUAAUAAAUCAAAUUUUUAUCAGACAUGAUAUGAAUUAUGAUAAUUAAUCUCCCAAUAUAUAUAUAUAUAUAACCUAAACCAAGAGGCAUAUGGUUGUGUAUUGUAUUGUAUAUUAUUUUCAUGUUUUCUAAUUCUGAAUUGGUGAGACAUUCACGGCCUUGUUGAGACUUGGUCAUGGUGCCUCACUGUCUCUUUACCAAUUUUCUAAAUUUAGCUAUUUUUAGAAUAACAAUGUUUUUAUAUAACCUUUUCUUUUAUAACCUCUCUCUCUUUCUUUCCCCCUGCCUUCCAUUCACUUUCUACAGGCAGGGCAUUUGGGAGUGCUUUAGUUUUAUGCCCUGCAUGAUAUGAGUGCUUGAUUUUUCUAUCCUUCGCCUCAACUCCUCUAUAACACAAGCAACAAUAAAAAAGACACCAUGUCAGGACCUGUACCUUCUGGGAAUGGAUCUUUUAAGAAGAAAGCAAUCAAUGCCUCAAGCAUUCUCAGGAAUUCGUUGACAAGAAAGGGUAGGCGAAGUAGCAAGGUGAUGUCCGUCGAAAUUGAGGAUGUUCACGAUGCUGAGGAGUUGAAAGCUGUUGAGGAGUUUCGUCAAGCGCUUAUAUCGGACGAACUUCUCCCUGAAAAACAUGACGACUAUCAUAUGCUGCUUAGAUUUCUUAAGGCAAGGAAAUUUGAGGUUGACAAAUCAAAGCUGAUGUGGUCUGACAUGCUGAAAUGGAGGAAGGAAUUUGGUGCUGAUACUAUCACGGAGGACUUUGAAUUCAAGGAAAUUGAUGAAGUAUUGCAAUAUUAUCCACAAGGACAUCAUGGAGUAGACAAAGAAGGACGACCUGUGUAUAUAGAGAGAUUGGGACAAGUCGAUGCUGGCAAGAUGAUGCAAGUCACAACCAUGGAUCGCUAUAUUCAAUACCAUGUAAAGGAGUUUGAGAGGACAUUCGAUGUCAAGUUUGCAGCUUGUUCCAUUGCUGCCAAGAAGCACAUCGAUCAAAGUACGACUAUCCUGGAUGUCGAGGGAGUGGGGCUUAAAAGCUUCAACAAACAUGCUAGGGAACUUGUUACUCGUAUUCAGAAGAUUGAUGGUGAUAACUAUCCAGAGACCUUGAAUCGCAUGUUCAUCAUCAAUGCAGGUUCUGGAUUUAGAAUACUGUGGAACACUGUAAAAUCCUUCCUUGAUCCCAAGACCACAGCAAAAAUCAAUGUUCUUGGUAACAAGUAUGACACUAAGUUGCUAGAAAUAAUUGAUGCAAGUGAGUUGCCUGAGUUUUUAGGAGGUACAUGUAAAUGUGCUAAUGAAGGAGGAUGUAUGCGUUCUGAUAAGGGACCGUGGAAAGAUGCAGAUAUAAUGAGGAUGGUUCAGAAUGGUGAUCACAAAUGUUCAAGAAAAUCUGAGUCGCAUGUUGAGGAAGAGAAGACAAUACCUGAGGAGCCCGAGACUCCCAAGUUGGAGGAAAAUAUCACCCCACAAGUUUCUCCAAUUUGUGAAGAGGUCCCUGCUACUACAGCUUCCAAGCAUGAGGAUGUAAUCCCAGUGGAUGAUAAAAAACCUGCUAAGAAAAUAGUUGAGGAGAGUGACACAAGUGCAACAUCAAAAGAGUUUAUGACUGUCAUGAAACGCAUGGCUGAGUUGGAAGAGAAGAUGACAUCCAUUAAUGAUCAGCCUCCUACGAUGCCACCUGAGAAGGAGGAAAUGCUAAAUGCUACUAUAAGUCGAGCUGAUUUAUUGGAAAAAGAACUCAUGGCCACCAAGAAGGCUUUAGAGGAUUCACUAGCUAAGCAAGAGGAGAUUUCAGCAUAUGUUGAGGAGAAAAAACAGAAGAAGAGCAGAAUAUGUGUAUUUUUUCUGGUAAAUUAGAAAUUGCGGAUGCCCAAAAUGUGAUGUCCAGAGAUUAGCAGGGGAUUGACUUUCACUUUCCAGGAAACUUCCCAAAUGCCCUUUUAUAUAAACGUUCCAACCAACAUGCGAACUAGUAAAUUUACAAAAUUACAAGAAAAGGAUAUGCUCAAUAUAUAAAUUAUGCAAAUCAGAUUUUUUGUUUAGGAUAAAAUCAAUAUGGUUUCUAUGUAUAUAUAGGGCUAUGCACAGUAUGCAAAGCAGUCUUAUAUUGUGUACACAUUGGAAUCAAUAUCUAGUACAAAAUUAGAGAGUAUGUAUAUUUUGAUAUAUUUGAAAAUCUUACUCCCCCAAAAGAGCUA